AUAGUCUAUUAAAAAAAUGCCUAGUCCCAAAACAUAAAAACCCGAAACCCCUAAAACCCUCAUCUCUUCUCGCGACAACUCUGCCUCAAUCGGCGUUCAGUCCAUCCCGAUGACAAUGUUAGCUAUUCGGAGAAUGUUUGGAAUCUCGUCUCCCUACAUCCGUCAUUACUCCGCCAAGAUCUCCCCCGAAGCUCCGAUCUCCUCCGGCAACCCUCCGAUCCACCCUUCCGAGCCCGCCCCCAAGGUUCUCUUUUUAUGUAUUCAUCCCCACCGCAUUUCAUCAGCUCAUGUUUUGAUUUGUUUAUUCAUUUUUAUUUUGAAUAAAAAUUGAAAUUAAUGUACUUUAUGUUUUUAUUCUUGUUAUUGGGUCUCAAGUGGGAAGCCCCACCGAUGGGAAAACUCAAAAUAUCGAUGGAUUAUUCAGCUAAGUUUGUGGAGAUUAAGGAUAAAUCAAAUUCUACAAGUCAGAGCCGCAUCGUAAAAAAAGCAAUUCUUACGGGUGAGGGCGGUGGUGCCGUAAUCAGAAACCACCUCGGGGAGGUGCUUCGUAAACAAGUUUGGAAAAACACAUCGGGCAAAACCAAUGUAGGAGAGCUAGAGGCCUUUUCGAAUAGUUUGGUGUGGUGCUUAAAUUUUUUUCCGAAGAAAGAAGAUAGAGAGAAAUUAAUUUUUGAGACAGAUUCCAAAAACUUGGCUUAUGUAAUCAACAAUGGGAGAGGCUACAGGGAUGCGGAUGCUCAAGAGAUAUUGGACAAAGUGCGAAUUGAUAUGACAAAGUUCAAUUUUACUAGUAUUCUCCACGUCGUAAGGGAGAAAAAUCAAACAGCAGACGCUUUGGCCAAUCUAGGCCGACUUGGUGCAGAUAUCACAGAUAGCACGAACAUGGAGGUCGAUGAGACCUCUAAAUUUGAAUUUGAUGAGAUAGAUGACUAUAAAAAAAAAAUAUACCAAACAGGUUGAAGAAGACAAAAAGGGCUUGUCGCUUUUCUUUUGAAAUUAUGAGAUUAUUAAUGUACUAUUUUAUUGGUUAUGUUGGAAUACUUUACGUUGGUGUUG